AUGAAACUUCAACUUCAAGUAGUGUUCAAAAAGUGUAAAAUAAAGAGAAAAAAAUUACAAACGCAAGAAAGAAGAAAACGUAAACAAAAGUUAACAAGCAACAUGGAAAUAAAACAAAAAAGCUCUAGAAAUAAUCCACUUACAGGUUGCUAUGAAAACAUUUCCUGGGAAAUGGAAUUUUGUUCAGCUUCAUACUUACUCAUACAACUUACUCUUCAUGUCAAGGAAUUUAGUUUUUGUUUGCUGGAAUCAUAA